GUGCGGUUGUAUGUCUGCAUGUGUGUGUGUGUGUGUGUGUAUGUUGACUCUCCGCACAGUUUGGCCGAGGUCUUACAACAGCAGACAGCGGAGCUCGCCGACUUUACUUUAGAAAAACCGACACAGGCAGCUUACGUCGGCCAGCCAGCAUGGAGCUCUCUGCGGCGGGAGAUCGCAUUUUUGCCGCGGAAGCCAUAUUAAAACGCCGCGUCCGUAAGGGAAGAAUUGAAUAUCUGGUCAAAUGGAAAGGAUGGGCAAUGAAGCACAGCACCUGGGAGCCAGAGGAGAAUAUUCUGGAUGAUCGGCUCAUACAGGGCUUUGAGCAAAAGGAACGGGAAAGGGAAAUGAACGGACCCAAAAAACGUGGCCCGAAACCCAAGAACUUUGUAAUGAAGGCUCGUGGUCAGAAAGGAGACUCCAGCAGUCGCGCCUCCAGCAGCCGCCAGAGCACGUCACGCUCUUCCUCCUCCACUUCCAGCCAAGCAGCUCCCUCCUCUUCUUCCUCCUCCUCUGCUGCUCCUCAUAGUUUACCAUUCUCCUCCUCCUCUUCGUCAGCGCCAGCACCUUCCCCCAAACUGAACUCUCUCGCAGCAACCCAUAAGCUGAAGAAAGACAUUCACCGCUGCCACCGGAUGUCCAGGCGCCCCCUGCCUCGCACAGACCCCAUGGGGCCCGCCUUUUCCGGUUCGGGCGGUUUCCCUUCCCGCAUGCACGUCUCCCCUUUCUCCGAGACCGUUCGCAUCCUGAACCGCAGAGUCAAACCCCGGGAAGUCAAGAGAGGUCGGAUUAUCCUCAACCUGAAGGUAAUCGACAAGCCUGGAAGGGGCGGUGCCGCUUCAGGCUCCAGGAACGUGCAGUCGGGACGCCAAAACAUCCCGUCUCGCAAUCGCAUCAUCGGCAGGAAGGGGGAGGCCCCUUACAGACCUUUUCAGCCUCCUCUGAAGAUGCUGGGCUUCCCGAUGUACGGGAAGCCAUUUGGGCUGCAGUGUGGGGGUCCCAUGUCUUUUCACUCCCAAACAGGGUCCUGCUCUAGCACAGGAGCAAGAGACAGCAGCAGCAGGUCUUCACAGCGCCAGGCACCUGCACCUCCUUCCUCUUCUUCCAACUCCAGCAAAGUCGCAGCUAAACGUCCUCAGCCUGCCACGGAAGCCUCCAAGGAAUCAAAAUCCAGUAAAGCUCUCCCAGACACCAAGAAACCAUCUGCUUCUGCCUCAUGUUCAAAAGCUAACAACAAAACCCCAGCAUCUUCCUCUCCGACUUCAUCCUUAGACGAUCAAGAUGAGGACGCAAUGGAUUGUUCUCAAGCUUCAGAGGGAAGCAGAAGUCCUUGCCAGCACAAAGCUAAGCAUCAGUCCCCCUCCACAGUUGCUACUGUCACUCCAGACCAACCCUCAGCCCCCGUCGAACCUCAAAGGGUCCCUGCCGAGGGAGACCCUGACUGGCACCCUCAAAUGGCGCCAAGCUGCAAGGAUGUGGUGGUCACAGACGUAACCACCAACCUUGUGACCGUCACCAUAAAAGAGUUCCCCUCCCCUGCAUCAGGCCCCGCCUCGCCUUCUGCUAGCGUUGAAAACGCCUCCACCCUGCCACCUGCCGCUACGUCCGAGGACUCCUCCGUCCUGAAGCCAUAAGAGAUCCAAUAAUAUGAACUCGAAUUCCAUUAAGAAUAAAAAAUUAUAUAUAUAAAAUAUAUCAUACCAGUGUUGCGACUUCAACUCUAUUCUACCCCGUCUACAGGGGGGUAUGCCAAUAUUUGUUAGAUACUCAACGAAAUACAGUGAAAUUAAAUACCACCCAGCCAUUGAAUAGAACAAGAAAACAUAUUUUUUCUUAAAAACAAAUUUUAUAAAUAAAUAGUGAGGCAGCCGGUACGCCUUCUUGCCAUUUAGAUUGCCAUAUUGGAUCCAACUUGUGCAGCAGACAUAGCAGAAAACAGAAUUUGUUUUCUUUCACUUGAUGCAGACAUGCUGAGGGGUUGCCUGUUUGUUGCAAUACCAGAUGUCCCAACAGCGCAUCCCUCGCCCAUCUGCUGUGCGGGUCUUUCAUCAAGCACCCUUGCUGUAAGUAGGAGUGUGCCAGUGAUCGAUGUGGAUUCUCCUCCAUCAUGAAGGUAGCUAUCAGCAGGGCGUAGGUGUUUGGUAAGGAUCUUGACCCCUGAUGUGAUUGGAAGGGCAGCCGGCCAAUGUUUAACGAAGAGAUGUGUUUUUGCACUUGGACUCUGAAGAUACUGUCAGUACAGCAAGGUGAAUGCAAAGCACUUGACUGCAUCAAAAAACAACACGUUCAGUGUAGUCAGUCAACUUAUCGAGGCCUUUUUUCCCCCCUUCUAUCUUGAACAAACAUGCAUAAAAAUACAGUGUAGGAGGUAGGUUUUGUAUUUAAAUGCACAACCUAAACAUUCAAAAUACAUUUUUUCCGUUAUUCCUGCAGUAGUUUUCAAUUUCUCAUAAACCCACCACCUUCUGCAGCUUUUUCAUGUUCGCUGAGAUCGUAAACUAAUGUCCACCAGGAUCUAGAAGGUCCAGGAGCAACCAACCAAACGAACCUACCAGGGGUUCUGCUUCUGUUUUCUUACUGGCAGCUGUUUCACAUCUGUGGGACAUUUAAAUAGACCAUUUUGACUCAUGCAUAUGCUUUUCUAAACCAUCCAGUUGUAGUUUAGGCUUUAUCUGAUGGCUUCUUGUCCUACUGGAAGGUAAACCUAACCCCCAGUCUUAAGUGUUUUCCAGCCUCCAACUGGUUGUCCUCCAGAAUUUCACUAUAUUUAGCUUGAUCCAUCUGCCUAUGUUUCAUGGUAGUGAAGGUAGCGCUGGGUUGGUUUUCAACAACAAAUGGUGUUUUCCAUGUAGCCAAAAUGUUCAGUUAUCUGACCAGAGCGCCUUCUGGCACAUGUUUGCAGUGUUUCCUGUACAUGCUUAUAUAAAUGCCAGAUUCGUAGGGCCGUUGUGCACGACUAAUAGUUGUGUUGACAAUUUCUCCCACCUGAGCUAUGGAUCUCUGCAGCUCCUCUACAGUCACCAUAGGCUGCUUCUGUAAUUAGUGCUCUCCAUCCCUGGCCUGUUAGAUUUGGUGGAUGUUCAUAUCCUAGUAGGUUUGCAGCUGUGCCAUACUUUUAUUUUUUAUAUAUAUAUUUUGUGGCACUGGUGGCCUUUUUUGAAAGUAAUCAGACAUGAAAUGGAGCCAAGAAGGUCUAAAGGUCAAUUUUUGGAUGAUGGUUGAUCUAGAGAUGUUCUAAGCUUGGAACAUUGUUCUCUAGCCUAACCCUGCUUUAAAUGCACUCUAAUUUUCUUCACCCCUUAUUGGUCCUCGUGAUGCUUUUUGUUCUCUAAUGCUCUGACAAAACCUGAGGUUAAAUUAUACAGACGUGGAGUCUACAUGGCUUUACAUACGUGGCUUCUGAAGGCAGUUGGGUGCACUAGUUUUCAUUUAGGGGUAUCAGAGAGAGGGCUUAAUGCAAAUCUGUGCCACAUCUUUUUUGAUUUAUUAGGGGGAAAAAAUGAAAAACAUGUUUCCUUGUGCUUCCACUUGCAUUUCUUACGCUACUCUGCAUUAGCUGCGAGGACUGUUCAUCAGUCUGUUUAUGGUAGUGUUGUGUUUUACAUGGUUCACAGCAUUUUUAUGCAUGUGCAGGAACCAUUAACCUGCCACUCUCAAGUAGGUAGGAGAUUAUCUGUUGCUUUCUAGCGUCCUUAUUUAGAAUUCGGCUUCAGGUGAAAUCAGGUAAAAUCACAUUAAAACCACUAACGGUGUAUUUCAUGUGAUUGGUUAAGUAUUAUGUGAAUAUGAAGUAGAAGCAAGGCGAGCAUUUUUAAUACAUAAAAAUAUCAAAAAUGUUGCAUGAUUUAGUCCUCAGCCCCCUUUUACUCUGAUACCCCUUGAACAAAUCCAGUGUAACCAUCAGGAGUCAUUCCCACUCUCCUUUUGAUGAGGAAAAAAUAUCUCAGAACCUUCGCUUUGAUAGAUUAAUAGUUUUCCACACAUCCUCAGUUGGUGGAAGUGUUGCAGUCAGAUUGCAUCAGAGACUGCGAGGACUCAAAAUGUUUCUUGAUCUCAUCUUUCCAUUCUUGAAGACAAUAGAAACUUUGAUCAUCAGUUUUUUAAAUGCUUUUUGUUAUUUUAAAGAUUCUUGUUCUCCGGUGCUUCCUGCUCCUUCCAGACCUUCCCAGAUCUCCACUCGGUUCAGUGUAUUUUAACUUUUCCGCAUGUGUUGCCUUAUAGCUGUGCACCCCUCUUAUUGCUUGGCUCUUACUAGGACAUCUAUGAAAUAGUCGUGACUUCAGCUUGUUGACUUUAGGGAUCGCAUUACUAUAAUUAGUUCACACUGUUUUUGAUGUUUGGGGGUUUUUUUGCAGACGUUUUUGGAGGCACAUCCUCUGUCUUUGACAGAUGUGGAGGACAUUUCCUCAUCUUUGUUUUAUACUGGAUGGUUCUUGUUGUUCUCAAUGCUCUUUUGAUACACCAUGAAUGGAUUUAUUCCAGUAUGACUUUUCCAUUAUACGGGGAGAAAUAAGUUGACUACCUUAAAAAAAACAAAUGAAGAGGUUUGUUAAUCUUUUACUUAUUUCAAAACAUGCUGUGAACUAAAAGACGGUUUUCCUCUCCAGAUGGAUAGAUGUUAUUUGGAAAAUAUUUCCUUCAUGCUCUGUAUCUUUAUUAUCUCUUUAGGUGGUGGUGACACUAGCAGUUAGUAGAUGUUUAAGAUAUUAGUCUGGAAAGCUUUGCUUUUUCUCUUUUUUUUUUUUUAUUCUGAUAUGGGGUAGCACAACUCAAUUUAGUGGCCUGUCUUGUAACCAAAUUGGGCUCUUGAUUCUCGUUUAUUUUUCACCUUUUUUUUCCCUUUGAAAUUGUUUUAAAUUCAUGUUGUAAUUUGUAAGUGCUGGAUCGGCACCAACAGGAUAAACUGAAGGAUCCUUGUUUUAAUGUAUUAAUUAAGAUACUCAAUUAUGGAUUGUUGUUUUUAAGCAUUUUUUUCCUUUGUACUGUACGUUAAUACUUGUUUGAAAUAUGCAUAAUUAUUUUAAUGUAAUGCUAUUUGUUUGAAUGUCAUUUUUAUUAGUCAUGAUUUUUGUUGCGUGUCAAGACUGCAGUUUUUGUGGUUUUUAUAAUUGAAAUAAGUACAUUGUACUGAUAGUGAUGAGAAGGCGGAGGAUAAUAAUGACAUUAAAAUGUAUGUGAAGCAUGUUUUGCAACCUCUUGCUGUACAGAUAAUGUAUUCAGUGUCCUGUUAUGUGUUGUUUUUGUGUGUUUCUUGUAAAAGGCCUUUGAUUAAAAGCACUCUAAAAAUA